GAGAGGGAUAGCGUGUAUGCAUAGAAGAGGCUACAGCAUUGCACCAACCCCAAAGGAGGCUUCCUUCACUGAGGAUUUUGGAAGAAUUGUCUUUUUCUUCCCUUACAUCUAAUCAAUUUUCCUUCCUUUUUUCAUCAUUACUCACAGGCAGUGAUACACCCUCGUCAUUGCCCUCCCUGCAUCAGGCUGUUUUUCCGGGCAUGCUACUUAAGCCCAAGUAUGGCCGCUUUCGCAACGACUCUGUGACCUCCUCAGACGACCUGAUACAGAGCUUAGCCAUGAGCGGGAAGGUGGUGGCCACAGCAGUGGCUCCUUCUUCAGUACCAAACUCCCCAGUGCCACCCUUGCAGCCCACCAUCCUUGCCCCACCCUUAGUCCAGUCGUUGGCUGAGUCUCCUGGCUUGGAUGGCGAGCAGGACCGUGCCACCACCUUCUGCAUGCUCAUCCCCAAGAUGCCCCAGUGGAAGUUCUCCAACUCGCUGCUGAGCUGCAGCCCUUCUAGCAGUGCCAGUUCCAGCUCCAGUAAGGAUUCCAGCAAGACCUCCAUGGCGAAAGCAUCCCCAGCCACCUCCAGUGUAACUGCAACCUCCAGUGGUCCUCUGACCAGCCUCGCUGCUGCACUUAACUCCUGCGACCCUGUCUGCAUUGGCCCCUGUUCCCUGCAGGCUGUAAGCAGACAGAGGGCCGUUGCAGGCUCAGCUAGCCCCAGUGGUUUUGGAGGUACAGAGAGAGCAGAGGGAAAUCCAGGCAGUGCUGGGAGCUACCGCACAGGUCUACACCGCAGGACCAGGGUGGAGGGCAUAUGGCUUGGUGGAGAAGAGCUUAACCACAAAGCCAAUUUCAUCCAUAAGCCCUCGCAGGGGUGGCUGCACCCAGACAAUAAAAUAAGCAGCACAGGGGCCUCCUAUAUUGCCAGGUAUUUAGGCUGCAUUGAGGUGCUUAAAUCAAUGCGUUCACUGGACUUCACCACAAGAACCCAGGUGACAAGGGAGGCUAUCAACAGGCUUUGUGAAAUUGUUCCAGGAGGGAAAAGUGUGUGGAAGAAGAAGGCUGUCAACAAGUCCCUUCAUUCUGUAAUGGGGAAGAGUAACCUGCAUUUUGCCGGCAUGCGUAUUGCUGUAAACAUCUCAGUGGAGGGGCUGAAUUUGCUCGACCCCACCACCCGGCAGGUGAUAGCACAUCACCCAAUGCAGUCGAUUUCCUUUGCUUCUGGAGGAGACAUGGAUACCCCUGAUUAUGUUGCAUAUGUGGCCAAAGACCCUGUCAAUCAACGAGCAUGCCAUAUUCUGGAGUGCAGUGCCAACCUUGCACAGUGCAUCAUCAGUACAAUCGGCCAAGCAUUCGAGCUGCAGUUUAAACAAUAUCUGCACAGCCCACCCAAGGCCACAUCCAGCAUGGACAGGAAUGUAAGGACAGAGGAGUCGGCAUGGGAGGACGAUGACAUGUUUUUGGAGCAUGAUUACUACAACAGCAUACCAGGAAAAGAACCUCCACUGGGAGGAGUCGUGGACUCAAGACUCAAAGCUCCAGCAGCUUUGCUGGGCCACAUCCACUCCCUGCCACAGGGCAAAGUGGCACAGCCUGGAUCUGCAGCUAGAAGAGACAUGCCUUCACUACCUGCAGCUCAGAUGUGUUAUGAAGUGCAUUGGGACAUGGAGAACUGCAGUAGCUCAAGUGGGACAUCUGAUGGGUAUUUGAGAGCAGAUGGACAUCCUACUACUGGCCAGGAUUAUGAAGAGCACCUGUAUGUGAACACACUGAAUAUAAACAACACAAAACCGUCAUCAGAUGCAAGGGAACAUCGCAGUCCUGAGAGUCCCAAAAAAGACAUCUUUGACAUGAGACCAUUUGAAGAUGCUCUGCGUCUGCAUGAAGCGGGUAGCACUUGUUUGCUGGAGGACAAGUGGCCAAGUCCCCCACAUCGCAGAGCCCCUGUAGCCCCUACUGAGGAGCAGCUCUGUCAAGAAGCCUGGUAUCAUGGGCGAAUGAGCCGCCGUGAUGCAGAAAAGCUCCUGCUCCAUGAUGGAGAUUUCCUAGUGCGUGACAGUGCCACUAACCCAGGCCAAUAUGUACUGACAGGGAUGCACUGUGGCCAGCCGAAACACUUGCUUCUGGUGGACCCAGAGGGGGUGGUACGCACUAAGGACAUGCUGUUUGAGAGCAUCAGUCACCUGAUCAACUAUCACCUGAGCAACAAGCUGCCCAUUGUAGCAGCUGAAAGUGAGCUUCAUCUCCAGCAGGUUGUGUAUAGAAAGCAGUGACCACUAAUCGAACAAGUGUAAGUGUGCAUGAACAAGUGCUUCAUGUCUGUCUUCACAUGAAGAAUAAGGAUUGAUACAAUUCCACUGUAUUGUAUUCAUAACAGACAUUCCAUCCUUUAAUAAAAUACGGUAAAGUAGGAAAAUUGCCCCAGGUUUAAAUGAGGGUAUGAUUGAGUUUGUACAUGGGUUCCUGUAUUAGUCUGGCAUCCCAGAUUUCCACCUCAUGACUUGUGUUCCCGGGAUAGACUAAGGAUCCACCGCAAUCCUGACCAGGAUAUAAAAGUUACUGGAAGUGAGCAGUUGUAAAAAAGUAUGAAUCAUAAUAUUAAUAUUAAUAUUAUGUUGAUAUUCUCAGGUUCUAAAUGAAGCUAGGCAUCAUUUUUGUGCAGCCAACCCCUUUGCCUUAAACACAGAUUUUCAACUUUUAUUAGACAUAAUUCUACUGUAUGAGAGAAUGAAAAAGAUGUUCUAUCAGCACGUCACGCACAGCUGUCCACAGAUUUUAGAAGAACACGAAUACUUUCAAUGUGCUGGAGAUAAAAUAUACCAAAAAGGCACAAGGUUUUUACUGUGGUUACAUUUUCAGUGUGUGUCACAGUGGUCUCAGGAUGCAGUGUUGGCGUGCUGUUUUUUAUGUUUAUUUCUUGACAACAAUUGGUCCCCUGAACCCAAAGGCAGAAUGUUAAAGAAAUCUUUUAAAAAGACUCAGAUACCCAUGGAUGUGUUCAUAUUUGUAGGUUACAGAAUUAACUGUUUGCCUUCUUGAACAUUUUGGUGUUUUUUAAAGGAGAUUUUUAUUUCUAAUUGUGAGAAACAGUAAACUGUAGGUAAACUACUUGACUAAAUGGUGAUUUACCUACAGUGAACCAACAGUUCACCAAUCACCAUUACAGUAACAUAACCAUAAAAGUAUUACAGUCCUAAUGGUCAUAAAUAUUUCUCUUUUUCCAUCUGGAUAAAAAAACAGAAUUGACCUACAGUAUACUGUUUUUCACAAUUAGUUGUAAUUUACAAUAAGUACAAUCAUGAACGCAAGCUUUCAGUUGAUUCUGAUGGAACUUGGAGUGAGAAUAAGAUGAGAUCUGUGACCAAAUGAAGAACAUUUUCUUUGCUCUGUAUGAUUGUCUAACAGGCUACUUCUGUAAAACAAGCUUAAAAUAUACAAAACUGAAAUAAAUAAUGGAAGACAAAAUACGCAAGUGUGCUUUUCCAGUCAGGGCAAAGCCAAUAAACACAAUCCAGACGCAGUGCCUAGUUUAUUUCAGUGUUGCUGGUAUGAGUAUUAUUUAUUAAAGAAUUCUCAAUAGCAAAAGCUGGCCAUUAUGGACUCAGUGACAAGUGUGCCUAAUUUUCUCUUACAGCUACAGCUCUUUUUGUUUCUUUUGUCUAUUGAGUUGGAUAUUAUUUGUUUUAUUACAUGUAUAAAUGUAUUUUGGAGGUGGCAUUGUGAGACGUAUGUCUAGUGAAAGGCAUGUUGUAUUUAUUUUUUAAAUGAUUAAGAUCAUCCUUAAAUGAGCAUUGUAAUAAAAAAUAUAACAAAACUAUUUUGAUUCAGUCUUUCUCCCCACUGGUACCACGCUUCUCUCCAGGUCUUUCUACCAUAGGAAAUAUUAUGGAUUAUAAUUCUGGCAGAAUAAGUCGCACAGCAUGAGAUUCAAAUGCCAGUUUGUUGUGAAUCAUUUCAACAGCUCUCUAAGCAUAUUUAUGUAUCCUUUGAGGACACUUAAAUAAAAAAUA